AUGUUGUGUUUAAUUUGCAAUGAAGAAAUUUUUGAAGGGGACAAAAUUCAAUGUUUUAAUUGUAAAGAACAUUUACAUUUCACCUGUGCAGCUUUUAGAGAAUCAGUCUUCAGAAAAUUAAAUAAAAAAGCAAAGUCUAACUGGUCUUGCUCGUCUUGUAAAACAAAAAAUAAUUCUGACUUAAUCUGUAAAUCACCUUCACAAGAAAAUAAUAUAAACGAAAUAUCUGAAGAAACUUUACAAGGAGUGAUUAAUUCUGUUAAUUUUAUGAGCUCCCAAUUUGAUUCUUUUGGUAAACAAUUAAAAGAAAUAAUUUUGUCGAUUACUGAACUCAAAAAUGAAAAUAAACGUAUCACAGAAGAAAACUUGAAGAUCAAAAAGGAACUAAACACUAUUUCCAACCGUGCAAACAUUCUAGAACAAAAGGCAUUAGAAUGUCAUAUAGAAAUUGUUGGUAUACCGGAGUCUAAGAAUGAAAAUUAUACUGACACUUUUGAAAAAAUUAACAUUAAACUGGGUACAAAAAUUUCUGUCAAUAAUAUUUACCGAAUCCCAUCUAAAUACUCCGACAAACCAAGGAAAAUAUCGGUUAUCUUUAACUCAUUAGCUGAGAAAAAUGAAUUCAUGAAACAAGCCAAGAAAGAAAAAUUGAUUGCAAAACACUUUGAUGCAUCAUGGAACAACUCUCCUGUCUACUUUAAUAAUCUUAUGACUUAUUCAAACAAGACGCUCUUCUAUAAAGCCAAAACUACUGCUAAACAGAAUUAG